UUUCAAAUUUCUCUUAUAAUUAACGAAAAUUUAUAUGAAUUUAAGACUUAAGAGACAUUUAUAUACAUUUAUUUAUAGACAUUUUGUUCAUUUAACUUUAAAUAUUCUCGUAUUGUUUUAUAAAUUAAAAUAAUUUGGUUUCUCUGAAAUUUAUAUAAAUUUAUAUAUUUAAUGUUUAUAGUUGAAGUUAAAUUUGUUUAUAAUUAUUAUUUUUUAAGUUUGCAGUAUUUGUGGCACAAGUUACAGCUCCUGGCCCCUCUUAUUUUCGUCGUGCAGAAUGGCUUUUAGUUUUGGAGGCGGAGGAAGUGGUGGAACGGGUAGCACCAGUAGUUUCAGCUUCCCGACAACAACAACGACCACAGCUGCUGCAACGACCAGCAGUGGGUUCAGCUUUGGUACUGCCACAGCUGCGCCUGCCGGUGGAGCCAGCUUUAACUUCUCUCCCGCCGCUUCGCAACCCACAGCGCUUUCAACUGGAUUGAGCUUUGGUGCUCCUGCGACAACCACUAGUGCUGGAGGAUUUAAUUUUGCCAGCACUGCAGCGCCCAGUGGAACGGGGAGUAUCCUAGCAUCUGCCAUCAGCGCCCCGCUCCAGACAGCAGCACCGGCAGCAGCAUCAGCAAGCAGCUUUAGCUUCAAUGCGCCAGCAUCAACAGCUGCUAGUAGCAGCUUCUCUAGUGGGUUUUCUCUUACUGGUGGCACUCCAGCGGUAACCACUGGCUUGUCACUCGGGACACCCGCCACUUCUCCAUUCACCUUUCAAGCAAAGACGCCAGGCGGAGGAUCAAACGAAGCUACCAAGACAACAGCAUCCACAACGACUCAACCCAUUCUGGCAUUUCCAGUGGCUAAAACCACAACAGGACCAGCUGCUGCUACUACUACUGCUGCUGCAUCUGUAGGAUCAACUGGAUUGUCCUCUCUCUUCCCUACCCAGACUUCUACUCCAGCAACCACUACCUCAGUUCUUGGUUCAUCAGCCAUUGCUGCUACAGCUGCAUCAUCCACACCUGCCACCACACCUGCACUUGCUACCCUCUCAACUGUAACCAGCACGAGCAAUGCUGCAGUUGCUGCUACGACAGCGGUUGGCGCUGUGCCCACGUUGAGCGUUGCAGGCUUGGAGGACAAAGUUAACAAGUGGGUGUCUGAGCUGAGGGAACAAGAGGAAAGGUUGAUGAGGCAAGCUGCCCAUGUCAAUGCUUGGGACCAGCUCCUCCAGCAAGGUCAUGACCAGGUCCAGCAGCUGAGAGACACUCUUAACAAGGUCAAGACUGACCAGACAAGGCUACAAGCAGAACUGGACUUCAUUCAAGGUCAGCAACAAGAAUUAGAGCAACUAAUAGAGCCCCUGGAGGUGGCUGCAGCCACUAGCACUCCAGCUCAGCAUCAAGGAGAUCGUCAGCGAGAGAACAUGCAUCACGUCGCCCAGAGUCUGGAUUCUCAACUCCGCCAGAUGACCGAUGACUUGUGCAAGAUUAUCGAACACCUUAACACCAGCAACGCUGGGUCACAGGCUUCUGAUCCAGUCAAUACUGUAGCACGUGUUCUGUCUGCGCACAUGGACACUUUAAAGUGGGUUGAUCAGAACACUGCUCUUCUGACCCAGAAGAUAGAUGACCUCUCUCGGAUGGCCGACUCCAAGAGUAGGGACUAGCAUCCUCCUAAGUUAAUGGAUUUUUUUGUAAUUUUUGCUCUCGGUUAUCCGUAAAUUUUUGCCGGGAACUCGGUUGUGUGCAGACCAGCUGUUAACAAUGUUGGUUAAUCUGGAAAUAUUACAACUGUUCUAUGCAGUGGUUAACAUUAAUAGUUAAGAUAUAUAUCGGCAAAUCCAGUGGGUACCAGUGUGAAUUAUAUACAUUAUGUAUACUGAAUUUAUAUGGCCUGGAGAAGAUAUGACAUAGAACAUAAUUUCAGUAGAAUAAAAUAAGUGUCCAAAAUCUGUAAUUCGUAUCUAGUGGAAAAAUGCUGUUUUCAGAUUUUUGUUUUCAGAUUUUUUUGUUUUCAGAUUUUUUGUUUUCGGAUUUUUUGGAUUUUUAAAUUUUUUUUUCUGACAAAUAUUACCAUGAGCGUGUUUGAUAGGAGUGAAUGGAGACCAAUGGUUUUUAAUACUUGACGUGCUGUUGGAGUGUGAGCAAAGUAACAUUUAUGAAGGGGUUCAGGGAAACCGGCAGGCCGGACUUGAGUCCUGGAGAUGGGAAGUACAGUGCCUGCACUCUGAAGGAGGGGUGUUAAUGUUGCAGUUUAAAAACUGUAGUGUAAAGCACCCUUCUGGCAAGACAGUGAUGGAGUGAAUGAUGGUGAAAGUUUUUCUUUUUCGGGCCACCCUGCCUUGGUGGGAAUCGGCCAGUGUGAUAAUAAAAAAAAAAAAAUAAUAAUUACCAUUAAGGAACGAAAAAAAAAAGAAACGGAGAGAUGAAAUGAAUGCUGAAUUUGGCUCUGCUGAGUGAGUCAGCAUGUAAUAAUUUGCGAUCCUCAUGGGUUUAGUGCUCGGUUUUAAUAAUGUGAUAAUUUGUAUAAAUAAUUUAGAAAAUUACAUGGAAUUGGUCAGUGACCUAUUACAGCUUGAGCUGUAAUAGGUCACUGUGGCUGUUUAAAAUAGGUGAUGUGCAUGGGGUAGUGAGGAAAUUAGAACAUAAAGGAGAGGCACUGCAGCAGGCCUACUGGCCCAUACUAGGUAGAUCUACCCCCCCUCCCCCACCCAUGCCCACUCAUAAGAAUAUAAGACAGAAAGAGCACUGCAGCAGGCCUACUGGCCCAUGCUAGGCAAGUUCAACUCACUUUCGCUCAUAAGAACACAUGGAAUAACUGCAGCAGAUGAUUGUACAGAAAGAUAUUAAUUGACUCGGUAUUUUUUUCUAAUACGCUGCGACCGUCUCCGACCAUGGCACGGUGACCCGAAAAAGAAACAUUUUCAUCAUCACUCAGACUGUCUUGCCAGAGGCGCACAGAUACGGCAGUAUAGAUGUGCCUGUAAACAGUGGUUGUAGUUGCUUAUUUAAUCUUCAGAUAACUUGCACUCAGAGAAGAAGCUUUAGAUGACAGUUUGGUUCUGGAUAUGAGUCUCUAAAAGUUUCAUUAGUCAACAAGUUCAACUAAUGCGACAUUUUACGGUGGCAACAAUUCGCUCUCCUGGAGCUUUGUCAAGCUGUUAUGGCUUUAUGAGGCUCCUGGAGAGCUAGAGCUUGUCAGUGUAACUGUCUGUGAGUUAAUGUAACUGUCUGUGAGUUAACGUAACUGUCUGUGAGUUAACGUAACUGUGUGUGAGUUAUCGUAACUGUCUGUGAGUUAACGUAAUUGUCUGUGAGUUAACGUAACUGUCUGUGAGUUAAUGUAACUGUCUGUGAGUUAACGUAACUGUCUGUGAGUUAACGUAACUGUCUGUGAGUUAACGUAACUGUCUGUGAGUUAACAUAACUGUCUGUGAGUUAACAGGGUUACCAAUGCUUAUUCCUUGGGCACCACUGAAAAUGGGUCUGGGUUUGAGAUGGACCUGCUUAGUAUGAGCCAGUAGGCCUCCUGCAGUGUUCCUCCUUUCUUAUGUUUGGCUCUGCCUGAAGGCUAUGCAGAUUUUUAGACAUUUUUUUUUCUAUGAGUGAGAAACAGCCAUUGUGGUAAAAAAUUAUCUUGAAAUGUGUGACAAAUGGUUUUCAAAACCGACAUUUAUGAAAUAUAUGGGAAUCUUUAUUAAGGAAACAAAGCCACUGUGUAGCAAAACAUUUUGCCACUGUGUAGCGAAAUGUUUUGCCACUGUGUAGCGAAACAUUUCGCUAUUGUGUAGCGAAACGUUUCACCACUGUGUGGCAAAACGUUUUGCCACUGUGUGUCAAAACAAAGCCACUGUGUAACAAAGCGUUUCCUUAAUAAAGAUUCCCACACGUUGCACACGAAUUGAUAUGUAAAUUAUUCUUGCGUGGAAAGCAAAAAAAAAUAGUGUUCAGAGUACUGGUUCUUUUCACUUAUAUACAGUGCUUUGUGACCCAUGAGAGUUUAGCACUUAUAAUAAUAAUUUAGUGCUUCUAAUAAUAAUUCACUUAAGGUAAAUCAUUUUUAGAGUAAUAUAUUCAAUAUACUUUAAUGAAUUCUUUAUUCAGUGAAGUUGUCUUUCUUGUAUCAGUUUUUACUUUGGUGCUUUAAAUUCUAUGAGUACGUCGUAUAACCAUUCCAGACGUAGUUGCAAUCAAGCAGCUUAGGGUAAUCUUGUUCCCUAGGAUGCUACCCACAACAGUCUAAUACCCAGGUAUGUACCUACUUAAUGCUAGGUGAACAGGGGCAGCAGGUGUAAGGUGACUGACACCCAGGUACCUACUUAUUGCUAGGUGAACAGGGGUAGCAGGUGUAAGGUGACUGACACCCAGGUACCUACUUAUUGCUAGGUGAACAGGGGUAGCAGGUGUAAGGUAACUGACACCCAGGUACCUACUUAUUGCUAGGUGAACAGGCAGCAGGUGUAAAGAAACAAUCCCAACAUCCUGUAUUAGGAUUGAUACCCAAACCUAAGUGUGAGAGCCGAGAACGCUAUCGACUAAGCCAUGUGCACCUGCUCGUCUGUUUUACAAAAAUAUUUGGUCUUGCCUCCUAUAUGUAUUUAAUAUUUGUAGGUUUGAUUUAAAAAAGAACGAAUAAUUAAAUACUUUAAACUUAUUUUUUAUUUUGUAAUGAAUGAGAAAAUCCAUGCACUUGUCGUGCAUUUUCCAGACACUAAGGUUCACAUUGUUGGUAUUUUCUGGUUCCUGUCCUUUUAGGCCCUAUUGUACGUAUUCUUGAAACUACACAGUUGCUAGAGUAAGGCAGUUUUAAGAUGGUGCUGUGGUAAGGUGGCGUACGCCCAUUAGGUAAAUGAGUGUAUGUAUGGGCAUACUUUAUGUACAAGAUGGUAUUUUGAUUUUAUAUUCAGCACAUUUUGUGUUGGGUAACUUUGUGUCUCGUAACCUUAAACCUGAAGAUAUUUUAGAAUAAUCGGUGCUACUUAAAUUUGUCUAGAAUGCUGUUAUAAUUGAAAUAAGAAUCUUGCAAUAUAGGAAAAGUAACAUUGUGGAAUUAAGAAAAUAAUGUGAAAAUUACAAUCUUAAAAAGAAUAUAAAAACCGGCAAUACGACUACUGAAACAAGACAAAUAACCAGCACACAAGAGACAAACUUGUGAUAUUUGGUCUGACUUAGACCAUGAACUAGUGACUAGUUGAUGGUCCAAGUUGAACCAAAACUUAAUAAGUUUGUCUCUCAUGUGCUAGCUAUUUGUGUACAAUUUUUACUAAGUUGUAUUGUUAGUCUUUGGGUCACCCAGCCUUGGCGGGAGACAGCUGUUGAGGUUAAGAGGCACGUAAGUUCCCCCCGUCUUAUAAUAACACGUUCAUUUUUCCACUAUAAUCUACCUCGUCCAUAAUUAUUAUCACAUUUGCUUUGCCUGUUUCGUAAGGUGAAAUCCAGGAUCUUUCCUUAAUUCAUGGUAUAACUUAACAAGUCUUUGAGGAUAGUUGUGUUGUAGAGGUCUGAACUUUGCUUAGACCUCUGGUGAGUGAAGAUGUUGCAAUUUGCAGAACUGUUUGUACUGACCUCUACAGAGCUCUGCAACACAAUUGUCCUCAAAGAUGUGUUAAAUUAUACUAUGAAUUAAGGAAAGAUCCUGGACUUCACCUUACAAAACAGACAAAGCAAAUGUAAUAGUAAUUAUGGACAAGGUAGAUUAUAGUGGAAAAACGAACAUGUUAUUAGAAGACGUGGAACUUCGCCGCCUCUUAAGAAUAAAAGCAGUUAAGAUUUUCAGGUAAGCAAAUUAUGCAUGUUCAACAUCUGGGUACCUUUAUUUGGAGAUGCUUCGCCAUCCAGUGGCUUCAUCGGUACAAAUUCAAGGACAUCAUGGGAAAACUGUAGAACUAUUUACAAAAGACGAGGUAAUCAGUCCCUCAGCCUUGGAGUUGAAACUACUGAAGCUGUGAUCUUCAACUCCAAGACUGAGGGACUGAUUACCUUAUCUUUGGUAUAUAGUUCUACACUCUUAAGAAUAUAAGAUUGGAGGAACACUGCAGAAAGCCUACUGGUCCAUACAAGGUAGGUCCUUCUCAAAACCACCGCCACCCUCGGCUACCCAAGAAUUUACUCCUGUACCCACGACACCAAACCCAGCCCCUCCCACUCAUAUAUUUGUCCAAUCUUUAGAAUUUGUGUUGAUAAAGCCACCUAAAUGUUGUACAUGUCUAAUUCUCUAUUUUGUUGGUAUUAUAUACCAGUCAUGUACAUGUACGUUCUCAAGUGAGAGUUUCUCUGUACGGUCUGUAACCGAAUGUGUAUGCAACUAUCAACAUGCAGUUGCAAGUACACCUUGCAGGUUCAGCCCCCCAAUGCUUCUGUCACUGAUUUUGUACAGUGAUAAGAGCAUAAUUUACAUGCCUGGUGUUGCAUACAGCUGAGUUUUUUAUUAUUUGAGUUAUGGAAUGCUUAGUAUUUGAGAAUAAAAUUGAUUCCAAAUU